GCCUUUGGAGACCGUAGCACUGAGCGCAACGCCACCUCAGAGAUUCUGGGUGUAGACGCACCUGGCUCCUCCCACAUGUCCAGCCACAGCGAGGAACUGAAGAUCCUGAGCGUCUACGGAAAAGGGGAGGGCCCACUGGCAGAGGACGGCCAUGACACCCUCUUCACCGCGUCAGAAGUGGAGGCCCUGAACUCGCUGUCUGCGGACCACAGCGCGGCCAAGAGCCAGGAGCGCGGCGAGCGGCUGGUCUGCCGUGAGGAGCUGAGUGUGCAGCAGCAGACCCCAGACACCAUAUCAAUCAAGGUUGAAGAGGAUAUUGGUGGAGGCUUGCCCGCCGUAGAAGACUGCGAUGCCUUCGGAGACCGUAGCACUCAGUGUGGCGCCACCUCAGAGAUUCUGGGUGUGGUCGCCCCUGGCUCCUCCCACAUGUCCAGUCACAGCGAGGAACUGCUGCAGCAGACCCCAGACACCAUUUCAAUCAAGGUUGAAGAGGAUAUUGGUGGAGGCAUGCCCGCCGUAGAAGAAAAUGACAUCAGAGACUGCAGCACGCAGCGCAGCGCCACCUCGGAGAGUCUGCGUGUGGACGCCCCUGGCUCCAUGCACAGCGGGGAGCUGCGCAUCCUGAGCUUCUACGGACAAGGGGAGGGCCCUCUGGCGGUUGACGGCCAUGACACCCUCUUUGCCGCGUCAGAUGCGGAGGCCUUGAGCUCGCUGUCAGCUGACCACAGCGUGGCCAAGACCCUGAACUGCAGUGUGCGGCUCUUCCGCCUUGAGGAGCUGACUGGGCAUCAGGGCUGCAGCAAGGGCCGGCCCGGUGUCUUGUGUGGAAAGGUUAUUCCCUACAAUGCCAAUAUGAUCGUCCACAUGAGGACUCACUCCGGCGAGAAGCCCUACAGGUGUGACCAAUGCCCGAAGCGCUUCAGUCAGAAUAACAUCCUGAAGAACCACAUGAGGACUCACUCCGGGGAGAAGCCCUACCAGUGUGACCAAUGCACGAAGUGCUUCAGUCUGAAAGGCAACCUGAAGAUCCACAUGAGGACUCAUUCCGGCGAGAAGCCCUACAAGUGUGACCAAUGCACGAUGCGCUUUAGUCAGAAUAACAUCCUCAAGGACCACAUGACGACUCACUCCGGGGAGAAGCCCUACAAGUGUGACCAAUGCACAAAGUGCUUCAGUCUGAAAGGCAACCUGAAGAUCCACAUGAGGACUCACUCCGGCGAGAAGCCCUACAAGUGUGACCAAUGCACGAUGCGCUUCAGUCAGAAUAACAUCCUCAAGAACCACAUGACGACUCACUCCGGGGCGAAGCCCUACAAGUGUGACCAAUGCACGAAGUGCUUCAGUCUGAAAGGCAACCUGAAGAUCCACAUGAGGACUCACUCCGGGGAGAAGCCCUACAAGUGUGACCAAUGCACGAUGCGCUUCAGUCAGAAUAACAUCCUCAAGAACCACAUGACGACUCACUCCGGGGCGAAGCCCUACAAGUGUGACCAAUGCACGAAGUGCUUCAGUCUGAAAGGCAACCUGAAGAUCCACCUGAGGACUCACUCUGGGGAGAAGCCCUGCGUGUGUCUGCACUGCAACGCCAGCUACAGCGACCCAAGCAAUUUUCGUUUGCACAUGCUCAAGCACACUUUGGCACGGGGUAACGGGACGCUUUGAUUGAGACCUCUGUCCUGUAUUGGUUGAAAUUACUGCUUUUAGUUUUUCUCUUCAUCACGAUUAAACGCUUCGAAAUUUCGAUUCACUUUCUGUUUUUAUUAAUUGAUGUCCGUGGUGAAUAACUUAUUUCUAGGACACUUCUGACAGCAAAAUAUUUGAUUUAAUGUAGAGCUUGAUCAGGGGAAGAUACAGGCAGCAAAGUUACCAAGCAUACAGUCAAUGAGACGAUGGGUGUAUGAUUCUUAUAGGAAACGUUCACAUCGUGGGUAAAUACAAAGGAAACAAAGGUCAGGGGGAGGGGCCUUCGUGGAGUUUAGGAUUGGCCAGAGGAGAGACCAAGUUAAAUUGCAAUUCACAAUAUGGGUGAAGUGGACAUGGCUGCAAGACAGUUAAAGGAAUCUACACAACAAAGAAGUCUGGAUUGGCCUCAGUAUCAAACUUGGUGCCCACAGUUGCAAAUGCAAAC